AUGUCUCAAUUGACAGACCUUGAAGUGAAACAAGAAACUCAAAAUGUUCUUGAAAAUAUCAAUGAGAUGACUAAAAAAAUCAAAGCUGAAUUUAAAUUAAUUAACCAGCUGAUUGACUCUAACGGGCAGCUGGGAAAAUUAGCUAACGAGGCCAAUCAGAAAUUAAUUAACCAAGCUCAGGAACUUGGAAAAAAAGUUACUCUUGAUGCAGAGGAUUCGGAUGAGGUUGGAGGUAAUCACGAGCUCAGGUCUUCCAUCGAUGCUGUGACUCAAAAAUUGAUGGGAAUUAUGGAAGAUUUGUAA